AUUAUCUUCUCAUAUAUUGUUUUUGGGGGGACGUUUGUCUUUCCUCUCGUGCUCACUUUUCAAACUCGCGCACAGCGCGUCUGAGGACGGGAGCGCGCAGAGAAGGACGCUGAGCGUGCUUGAUGUUGAAAAGGGUCUCGAGCGCAGCUCGGUGUGCGCAAAAUCCCUCACAGGAUAUUUUUAACGAUUAAAAACAUUUCCCAACAUACGGUGACUCUUUAUUACAGAAAUAUUUUUGUAGUGGUCUGCCGUGGUCACAAACAAACGACUUUUCUAAGGGGCAAACUGGAAUAUGCCUCCACCUGACAUUCAAAGGUAAAUUCUCCUCAGGAAAGGUGGGUUCAUUCGAACUUUACAGCUAAAAGCAUCCAAAAACUAAAGUGUUUAUGAAGACUAAACACAAUAUUGAAACAGUUUAGACAUUGAAAUCGAUCUGGGGCGCUCUGUGAUUUGUAAUUUGAUAAAGUUAGUUGUGGAGUUGUUUAACUGGGAUGCGAGUCUGAAGCGCACGCGACUCCCGCCGCUCCCGAGCGCCGGAGGAUCCGUCCGUUCACGUUAAUGGAGUUUAUAAGCGGGAGCCGCUAGAAUGGACGUGAUCUAUGAAACGGAGGCCUUACAGAGAUUCUUCGAAGGUCAUGAUAUUAACAGCUCUUUGGAGCCAAACAACAUUGACACCAGUAUCCUGGAAGAAUAUAUCAGCAAAGAAGACGACAGCACAGAUAUUUGUUUCACAGAAGUUCACGGUACCCUAGGACCCCAGUACCCCUCGCCUCAGGGCGGGCCAUCCUCUUCCGGGGGGUUAGGGUGUGGCGUGAGCCCUCCCAUCCCCCUGCGCCAGGGUCUCGUCCCAUCUCUGCCCCAGCCCUGCCAGAACCCCUACCCACCACCACCAUCCUUGGGCCACCUCAGACAAAACUACCCCUGCCUGGGGCAACAGAGUCAACCCCCUCAACACCACCAACAGGCCUCACACGUCAAACCGGACCACCACGGACAGUACGCACCAGGAACACUACCCGAGUCCCCUCCGGACUCCAGCUCAGAGCCAUAUUCUCCCCAGCAAGCCAACGAUCCGCACAUGCUCAGGACAAUGACGCCUGAGGACAUGUGUCACAUGACCAGUCCCCCACCUCUCCCCACACAUCCCCACUAUCCCAGCAUGCAUCGAGACAUGUACCUUAAGCCAGAGCCCAUGAUCUCGCAGUAUUCGAUUGGUCCAGUCAGCGGUGGGGGCGGAGACAUGCAGCAGGGUCAGAUGCUACAUCAACUCCUGCAACAUCCACAAGGACAAGAUGGUGUUCCUGUUCAUCCGGCAAAAAAGAGAAAACAUUCAGACUCACCCAACAGCACUCUGAACUCUCAGAUACUCACGGGCAUCAUCAAACAAGAGCCAGGUUUGAUGCAGGAUGCAGAAAACUCGUACCUGGAUCCCAACUAUCAGUGCAUCAAGUGGCAGCCGCACCAGCAAAACAAAUGGACCCCGUUAUACGACGGCAGCGGAAAAGAGCUUCCCAUGCCGACCUACAGGGUGGACGCAGAUAAAGGUUUCAACUUCUCUUUGGCGGACGAUGCAUUCGUUUGUCAGAAGAAGAAUCACUUCCAGGUCACAGUGUACGUCGGAAUGCCCGGAGAUCCCAAAUAUGUGAAGACCAGCGAGGGCCUGCAGCAAAUCGAGUGCUUUUACCUGAAACUCAACGGAGUCAAGUUGGAAGCGAUGAACCAGUCCAUUAACGUGGAGCAGUCACAAUCGGACCGCAGCAAGAGACCCUUUAAACCAGUGCUAGUGACAUUGCCUCCAGAACAGGUUACGAAGGUAACGGUGGGUCGUCUCCACUUCAGCGAGACUACAGCUAAUAACAUGAGGAAGAAAGGCAAGCCCAACCCUGACCAGAGGUACUUCAUGCUGGUCGUGGCACUUCAGGCUCAAUGUCACAGUCAGAGCUUCACGUUGGCAGCCCAAGCCUCCGAGAGGAUCAUCGUCAGGGCAUCUAACCCGGGUCAGUUUGAGAGCGACAGUGAAGUGUUGUGGCAGAGAGGACAGAUGUCGGAUUCUGUAUACCAUCACGGCCGGGUGAGCAUAAACACUGACCGCCCCGAUGAGGCCCUGGUCGUCCACGGUAACCUGAAGGUCAUGGGUUCCCUUGUGCAUCCUUCUGAUAUUAGAGCCAAGGAAAAUGUGAAGGAGGUGGACACUACUGAUAACCUGAGGCGGAUCUCUCAGAUGAGGCUGGUGCAUUAUCAGUAUAAGCCUGAGUUUGCAGCUACGGUGGGCAUCGAUACCACAGCUCAGACUGGGGUGAUCGCUCAAGAGGUCCAGCAGAUUCUUCCAGAGGCAGUUAAAGAAGGAGGAGACGUGGUAUGUGCGAACGGAGAGACCAUCCCAAACCUACUGGUUGUCAAUAAAGAUCGGAUCUUCAUGGAGAACGUGGGUGCAGUGAAGGAGCUCUGUAAACUCACCGAUAAUCUGGAGACUCGCAUCGACGAGCUCGAGCGCUGGAGCAGAAAACUCGCCAAACUGAGACGACUGGACAGCAUGAAGAGUUCAGUGAGCGGAGGCACGGUCAGCCUGUCGGGAAGUUAUUUUAGCAGAACAGGAAGUGGACCGCUUAGGAAAAAAACAGCCAAGCCCAUUAGCAAGAGGUCCGUUCCAGAGCAGGGCUGUCUGAGUUACAGGUUCAUGCAGGGAACCAUCCUGGCCCUGGUCAUCAUCAUGGCCUUCAGUGUCAUCUCCAUGUCCAUCCUGUAUGUGCUCAAUCUUCAACAUCAUGGAAGCAUAACUGAUGUAGAGGGCUCUGCGCCUCGCUGCCUUCUCUUAGUCUCUUGGACGCCCUUCCUUACUGCCACUGUCACAUUCUGUCCAUCCUUCUGUCUGUGGUCUCGUUCUGCUCUGGGAUCGUCUCGUCAGGCUUCCUUCACCCCAGGCAAAGUAACCAUGUCCACUCUCUCUCCAGAAUCCACCUCACCACUGUUGUCCAAUCACCCGGCUUGCUGCCCUCCGACACCUGCCACGACCAACCAAUCAGCCACCAUCAGUCCGUUUCCAAGCACCAACCAAUCCACUCCAGACUCUAGCACUGCUGUCCCCACCCAGACCACUGUUAACAAGAAGGGAAAGUCUCGGACCCUGGACAAAGACGGACGCAACAAGAACCGUCUGAGCCACACGUCAGCUCCUCUGUUCCUUAGCAAAUCCAAACGGCCCCCUCAACCCCCAGAGCUCAGCGGAGCCACCAAACGCCUGCCCGGAGGGCAACAGCAACUGCCCCGGAGACAGCGCAGUAUAAACACACAUGCCUGUCUAAACAAACUACACAUCCUGGAGACAGAUCAGGAGAUCAGACCGCAGCAUUGCUCAUCACCUGAGAGCUGCAGCUUCACUGUGUUUCUGCAUGGCGACAAAAACACAUCUUUAUCUUAUAUUACUCUGCACAUGAUCUCCUUUGAUGUUGUGUGCAUAUGGCAGCGUGGAGCCACCAGGGGGCGCCUCUGUCCAAAUCAUCCAGAAGUUACUUUCUCACCAGAGCGGAGCACUUUUACAACGGGCACCAGUCACCUGUGGUCACUUCCCGUAAUGCCAUUCCAAGAGGUCACCUACCACUUCCAGGUGUCACAUUCAAGCGAAACUGGAUGUAGCAGCGAAGAAGAGUCAGUUAUUUCCCCUCAGAGCUCGAAGUACAGUUUCCUCAUUCAAAGCACAUGUUGAGUGUCAACAUUCAGGCUACACAACACAGCAGCGUUUAUACUUCUCCUGUGUCCGGUCAUACAGCCGUCCCUGAUUCAAAGACUGUUUUAUCUGGGCGGGUCGAUAACGUCUUCUUAUCUAUGUUUGCUUUGUGAAAUGCGUAUUUGUACAAGACGAGAGGAAUACGAGAAUAUUUCAGACAGAAUUGCUGUUAAACCACUCUAAAAUCAGCUUUAGCCUCACUCGGAUACUGCCGCUUAUAUAAACACUUGUGCACACACACGCACUUACAUGUUAAAUGUCUUUUGAUUUGCCAGGAUAUAAUAUGAACAGGUACCAGUGGGUGGAUAUGGGGCAGAACAGACUUAAAUGAAGUGAGCUCUCUCUCUCUGUAUUAGUUUCUGUGAAGUCACAAUUACACCAUAAACUGCACUUAAACACACACAAGAGCCCAGGAACAAUGGCAGGGGUAUUUAAAAAAACCCGAGUACCUGACAUAAAAGGAGCAGGGUUCCCGCUCUCAUGGAAAACUUCAGAGUUUCCUGGAAAAAAAUAAGGAAAACAUUUAUUUGUGUAUUACAGUGUAUUGGCAAAAAUGUUUCCUAUAGAGAAAUCAGAAACAACUGGAAAAGUUCAUAUCUCUAACCCUGACAAAGAGAUCAUGCAACUACACGUCUAAAUACUGGUGUCUUGUCCUGAGAAGAAAAUGCCUGAUGUUUUCAAUGAUUUCAUAUGCUGUUCGUGUGAUCUCUAAAUGCACACUCACACAGUUAUUGUAUUUUCGUUGAUUAUAAAACACUGGAAUGGCUUUAACUGCACAAACAGGCUCAUUAUUACUCAAACAUAAAUUGUCAUUUCUACUGUCCAAAGUCACUGAGUUAUCUUGAACUUGAACUGACAUAGUGAGACAUACAAUAAAUAACACAGAAAGACAUAUAUUUUACUGUGGCUAUAGUAUAAAUAUACAGUCAUAAUAAAAGUGUGAGAUCAUGUCUAGAAUUUAAAUCGAAAGUAUGCAAAAGUAAAACUAACCACUGGACUAAACACAAUCACUGGAAACCAAAGUAAAACAACCACUGGAAAACUAACAAUUUGUGUUGGUUCGAUCCACUGGAUUUCUCAAGGAAACUGGAAACAUUUACACUGGAAGAAACAACAAAAUCGCUUUGAAAGUCAUACACUGGCCAGAACACUGGAUCAUUUCAGCAUCCAAUUUAAAAGUAUUUUACGCUCAUGAACAUACUUCAGGAAACUAUCACUUUGACUUUCAACAACGGUCCUUAUGUUACCUUGUGUUAUGUUACUGCGUUUUACUUUUAUUUUUACAUUUUAUUUCAACUAUAGUUUGUUACUUUAUACUUAGUGUGCAAAUGAAAUCUGUGGAAUCCUCUGGACAGUAUAUAUAUGCAGUAUAGUCUUGUAUAGUUGUCUUAACCCUAACUGUAAACAAGUUAACAUGAAAUUAGUGUUGCUCAAUAGCGUGUCAGAGAAUUUAUCAGACAAUGACCCAAUAUUUGUAUUUACAUUUAUUUCAGUAGCUUUAUUGUAAUGACCCCAUGUCACCACUGUUAUUGUCAGGAAUUUAUUCCGUCUUUCUUUUGCCUCUUAAUCCAGCACUAUGUACAUUGCAAUGAAUUUUUAAAUUUUUUGUUUCAUAUUCUUGUAUUAAUACCAGUUUGAUGUUACAGACUAUGUACAUUGCAAUGAAUUUUUACAUUUUUUGUUUCACAUUCUUGUAUUAAUACCAGUUUGAUGUUACAGAUAUUGUAUGAAAUAAGCCAUAAUGUAGUUUUUGUAAGGUUCGGCAAUAUGCGAUUAUGUUAGACAUGUAGCCACGUUCAAUCACGGUGUUGAUUGAAAAUGUGCACUAAAAUGACCAUUUAUAAUACAACUAAUGGGUGAUACUGAUUUUAAAGUCAUGUGGGAUGAUCUUUUAAAAUCUAAUAUAUGGAUAUUUUUUAAUUCAUUAGAAGCAUAAUACCACACAAAUCCGGUCCAAAAUAAACCAGCCUCGUGUCAAUGAAGCACUUCCAAACUAUGCACUGUAAAUAAGUUUUUCUAAUGUUUUCUGUGGCAUCUAAGAACUGUUUAAAUACCGUGUAAUAUAUAUAAAUAUUCUUGUUUUCAUGUGAGAAUGCAGUUUUUUGUUAUAACACAUAUUCUUCAUUAUCUACAGCCAUGUCUUUUCAUUUUUUCAUGUAAUUUUCUUACUGACAUGUAAUUUGACAACAUUUAUGAUUUGUUGGUUAAUCAUAACACACCAGGUUGAAUCAUGGUGGUUUAUUUGAAACGUUUUCAGUCUUAAAUGAGAUAAAUAAUUCGUUGUUGAUCUUUGAACUGUAGUAUAUCAUUUUAUAAACUGAUAAUACCACCAAAGGAAAAAAAACAUAUUUUUCUCAGCUGUCUGUCUUAUGUUUAUCUUUUGGCUUUAAGCACUAAAAUAUUAAGUUUUAUCAUUCCUACACUGUCUUAGUCAUUGUUGUGUUUAUCUGCCAAAACAUUGUCUUUAUUUACGCUUUGUAAAAGCCUCCUGUAUUUUUAAUACAUAUUGUUUUUAAUUCAUCUGCAACUUCUCUCACUUUUUCCUUAUGUACGGAGUGUACUGAUGACAUAAUAUGAAUGCAUGAAGGUGAUACAUAAAUUAAAUAAAUAUUUUUUUCU